UUACAUCGAGAAGUUCCAAUAUUUUAAUAGAAGUCAGAUAACUAGAUUGUGGUUCAGUGAUAAAAUCAAACAUGGAAAAGACAGCUACCGAGUCUCCUUUGAAAACAAUGCUGGCCGGUUCAGCACCGAGGCUAUCGGCGGCUAGCAAUGCAUCGCAAGUUUCCAAGAUUCCGCCACAAUGCAGCAUAGUUAUGCAAACCCCAAUGCCCUCCGGACCUCAGGAAGCUAUCAAUUCCGUUCAAGUGAAAAACUGUGUAGCAACUGUCGGCCUCGGAUGCGAAUUAAAUCUACAGACGAUAAAUUUUCGAACGCGCAACUCAGAGUACAAUCCAUCCCGCUUUCACGGUGUCGUUAUGCGGAUACGAGAUCCACGCUGCACGGCGCUGGUGUUUCGCUCGGGUAAAAUUGUCUGCACCGGUGCCCGCAACGAGCAUGAUGCCAACCUUGCUGCUCGGAAGUUUGCCCGUAUCAUCCAGAAGGUUGGAUACAAUGUACGGUUUCUGGAUUUCAAAGUACAAAACCUGGUUGCCACGGUCGAUUUGCGGUUUCCCAUCCGACUGGAGAACCUCAAUCAGGUUCAUGGUCAGUUCAGUUCCUACGAGCCGGAACUGUUUCCAGGACUGAUCUAUCGAAUGGUAAAACCGCGCGUGGUGUUGCUGAUAUUCGUUAAUGGAAAAAUAGUUUUUACUGGUGCUAAAUCGGAACGGGAAAUCACUGACAGUUUAGAGAACAUUUAUCCCAUAUUGCAAAGUUUUCGAAAAAAUUAGCCUGCCUAUCAUAUUUGUGUAUUUUUUGCAUCAUCUGAACUAAAUCAAGCUACAUCUCGGAUUCUACAAUUCAUUUCAUAUUUAAUUUAAUUUUACAUGAGGAAACUGAAAUUAUGUAUAUUAUCUCAUGUUUGUUUAAUAGAUUAACA